AUGUUCGGACUCGGGAAGUUGUUGUACGUGAUUAUAUUAACAGUCAACGGGAUAGCGGUUCUUAGUGAAGAUAGAUUUUUGAAUAGAAUAGGAUGGGGAUCUACCACUGCUAACAAUCCAUCCCAACCAUAUCUGCAAUUUUCUACUAGUGCACAAGGCGAGGGAACGUCUGUUAAAACGAGGUUGAUUAAUCUCAUCAGUGCUGUUAGAACACUUAUGAGAUUGCCAUUGAUUUUCAUUAAUGUGGUGAUUAUCUUCUACGAAUUAAUAUUGGGUUAG